CCGGAAGAGCCGCCGGAAGUGAAGGCGGAAGUGACGGCUUAACCCCGCCCAUUCCCAUCUCCCUUCGCCGCCAUUGGCCGCGCCUCACCGCACGGCGCUGCGAUUGGCCGGCCGGCGCGUGAGCCCCGCCGCCAUUGGCUCCGCCCCGCGUCAAUCACCGUGAGGGGGAGCACCGCCGCCAUCGCCAUGGCCACGUACCGGGUGCGGGUCCGUACCGGCACCGCUCCCGGCGCCGGCACCAGCGACGCCAUCGCCGUGACGCUGGUGGGGAGCCGCGGCAGCAGCGCCAGGACCGCGCUGGACGGGUGGGGGCCCGACUUCCAUUGCGGGGCGGUGACAGAGUACCAGGUGUGUGUCCCCCGCCCCCUGGGCCACCUGCUCCUGCUCCAGGUGCACAAGGGGCCCUGCGGGGGCCUCCCCGAGAGCUCCUGGUACCUGGAGAACGUCACCGUGUGGGGACAGCGCGGGGACACACCUGGGGACACACCUGGGGACACAGCUGGGGACACCCCGGACACCUCGGACAGCGAGGACAGCGCUGGGGACAGCGAGGAGGAGGAGGAGGAGGAGGAGGAGGAGGAAGGUGACAGCGAGGACGAGGUGACGGACGAGGAGGAUGAGGGGACAGGUGACAGCGAGGGGACAGGUGACACCCAGGAGGAGGAGGAGGAGGAGGAGGAGGAGGAGGAGGAGCCGGAGGACGACGCAGGUGACACAGGUGACAUCGGCACUGCCAGCGCAGGUGACAGCUGUGUCCCCGCAGGUGACCCCGAUGACGUCACUCACCUGGGCCCCUUCCACUUCCCCUGCUACCGCUGGCUGGAGGGGUACGGCACCUGGGAGCUGCCCGAGGGCACAGCCACCACGCCGGCCAUGGAGCGACACCCGCGGCUGCAGCGACAGCGCCGGCGACACCUGGUGCAGCAACGGCGGCGCUACAGGCUGGCCCCGUUCGCCCCCGGCCUGCCCUGGGCGCUGCCCCUGGGGACGCCGCUGGAGCCCGACCUGAGCUACUCCUGGGCCAAGGCCUCGGCCUUCUACCUGAGGGGCAGCGCCGCGAACCUGGAGGCCAAGCUCCGGGGGUUCCUGGCCCAGCCCAGCUCGUGGCCCAGCGUGGAGGCCAUGACCCGCGUGUUCCGCUGCUUCCACACGCCUGUCACCGAGUACGUGGUGCGGCACUGGCAGGAGGACGCGUUUUUCGGGGAGCAGUUCCUGAGCGGGGUGAACCCCGUCCUGCUGCGCCGCUGCCGCCGCCUGCCGCCCAACCUCCCGCUCAGCGAGGCCCUGGUGGCCCCGAGCCUGGGCCCGGGGACAUCCCUGCAGCGGGAGAUGGAGGCAGGGAACAUCUACCUGGCCGAUUAUGGGGUGCUGCAGGGGCUCCCCACGGCGCUCAUCGACGGCCGCCCCACCUUCGUGGCCGCCCCCCUGUGCCUGCUGCACCAGCGCCCCGACGGGGAGCUGCUGCCCCUCGCCAUCCAGCUGUCCCAGGAGCCGGGCCCCGAGUCGCCGCUGUUCGUGCCGCAGGACCCGCCCUGGCUCUGGGCGCUGGCCAAGGCCUGGGUGCGCAGCUCCGAGUUCCACGUGCACGAGGCGCUGACUCACCUGCUCCGGGCUCACCUGCUGGGAGAGGUGUUCGCCCUGGCCACGCUCAGGCAGCUGCCACCGCAGCACCCCCUCUUCAAGGUAACCCCAGAACACAAAAACCCCAAAAAAUCCCAGUCUGAAACGCCCAAAAUCCCAAAAAAUCCCGCUCUGAAACCUCAAAAAACUCCACCUUGAAACCCCCAAACCCCGAAAAACUCCACCCUGAAACCCCAAAAAAUCCCACUC